GUUCUGCAAGAAUAUUAUACAGCGACUCGUCUACUAGCCCUCUCUCAGCUAUUGUAGGACGUGAAACCCCUCAGACCAAAAGCGCCCUCGCGACCAUUACUGAUACUUCUCUGGCAUUGAAGGCAAAGCUAUUUUAAGGGCGAAAUCAAGGUUUAGCGCUCGCGUGUAGCAGGGAUUGGCGUGGAAGUGGCGAUGCGUCGACCCGCUACGACCCCAGAUGAGGAGGAGAGCGAGCAUUUGCUAGCAGUCGGCCGAGAGCAGCAGCAGCCUGCUGGCGCUGCUGGCGUGUCAGCAAAUGCGACCCCAGCAACGACCCAGCAGAAUGAGCAGAAAUCGCAGGGACACAGUGUGGUGGUUAUACCUACAAUGGCGAGCGGUCAAGCGGGCGGGGACCUGGAGAGCGCACGGCGAGGAAGCGAUGCCGGGAGCAGCGCUGGCUCCACCAGCCAAAAGGGCAAGGACGCUGAUGCUGGACAAUGCCGUAUUUGCUUGGAGGAGGACGCUCUCAGGAAUCUUGAGGUCCCCUGCGCAUGUGCGGGCACGAGCAAAUACGCGCACCACGAAUGCAUCCAGCGAUGGAUCAACGAGAAGGGCAACCUGCGCUGUGAGAUCUGCGACCAGAACUACCGCGGGACCUACACAGUGCCGCCGCCCGGCACGGCGGGUCAGGACGUGGAGCACGGCAACAUGUUCAGCCCGCUGUUCGCCAUAAGGCUGGACCACGAUCCGCGGCUGGACGGCGGCGCGCACGACCGCGCCCCCCUGGACUUCCUGGAUGAGACCGACCACUACUACCAGCGCAACCCGCUUGCGUCCUGGUGCUUCACCUUCGUCAUCUUCAUCAUGUUCCUGGUGGUGCUGCACCACACCAUGAUCGUGGCAGACGGCAUGGACGCCAGCAGCAUGGGCGGCGGCGGUGGGUCGGACAUGGAGCCGGGCGGCUCCUCGUCAGGCGGCGGGCCGGGAUCCGGAUCCAGCACGGAGGCGGACGACUACGCCACCUCGCUGUCGCUGUUCCUGUUCUGGAUCGGAACGAAGGCCUUCCUCAUCGGCAUCCCGCUCUACACCGUCAUGCGCAUCGCGGCGCGCCAGGCCCGGCGCGAGCAGUACGAGGCCAUGCUGCGUUCAGGCGCGUUCGACGUGCCCACGCGCCGCGUCCUGUGGCGCGUGCAGCUGCGGGAGCAGGAGCUGCGAGAGCGGGACCGGGACCCGGAGCCCGCGGUGGCGACAACGACAGGUGGAGCAGCAGCGCCUACGGGGACGGCGGGAGCGGCGAGUGGCGCUGCGGGCGGCGCUGCGGGCGUGCCGGCAGGUGUUGUCUAGUGCCAUCUUUGGUCGCGGGCCCGUUGGAUCGCCUUCGGGUUAGGCUUGCGCGGCCGACCGUGAGCGGGAUACGGCAAACGUGCGAUGGCGACGGGCUGAGUGGUGGCAGAGCAAUGUGUUUGUUCAAGAACGGACUAGGGCAAAGGACCAGGGCUUCCCUUACUCCAGAAGCAGCGCGUGAGCGAGCCACGACGCCAGGCCUUACAGGGGUUUAGCGGGGCGGAAGAGAACGGUGACUGCUUGUGAGCUGACAAACAUCAAACUCCAUGGGCCGCACGUUGCGCGUGGUGCGCACGGAGAACGCACUUGGGAGGGACUGCCGUUUGGGCAGCAGGGCUGUGUAUCUGAUAUGUGAAGCCGACUGGGGUUUGGUACUCCCGCAAUUCAUUGAGGUUCUGAAUCCCGUUUUGGUUGUGAAGUGUGCGAGCUUGCGGCAGGUGUGGUUGGUGAUGUGCAUUAUGCGGUGCUUGACACACCCGCCUGAAGAUGUAGCCGCACUUGCUGUAUGGCAAGCUGUGCUCUGGACGGCACGGUCGUCACAUAAUGUUGAUAGCACGUUGUUGGCGAAGCAGGCACGUCCAUGCACUGAAGUGUUAGUUACAUGUGAUGGGUUGCAUCAAAUUUGCUUGAUGAUGAAUCAGCCACGCAAGGGCAAUUAAGUGGAUGGUGCACGUGUGUCCGUGUCCCGCCUUACUGCAUGAUCACUUGAUCAGUCCCCUGCUGUGCUGCGUUGUGGCCACGCGGACGGACGGGUGCUUAUUGAUACUGUACCUAGUAUCUGUUGAUUUGAUUUCUGCAAUUUCAUUUUGUAACAUCCAGCGCGGCCCUGUUCAUCCCAUCACAAAUCACAAACAUGCGCAAACACCCGCACGCACCGUUGCCGCAACAUCCACACACAGAUCCGCGCAGCAUCCAGUGUUGUACCUCAGCACCGUCAAGUGGGCGGCGUCGCCCUGACUCUUAACGUUGCCGUGCAUACGUAGCAAUCAGCUUCAUGAUGCAUGACAUACGCAUAUCUAUACACGCAUAUAACCAAAGCGGCACAAAACACAAGCCCUGCAGAGUUGGUCGAAAGCUUGCAGGGCGUACCGUACGAAAUCCAUGCCCAUGCACCCGUGCGCAUGCCAGCUCGCUGCUGCACUAGCAACGCCUUCCCUUCACAAGAUUACCCCACGCCAUAUUCGCUCAUGUCGUAAAGGACUCCCCACAGCCGCAGGUCCCCUUCGCGUUGGGAUUGACGAAGACGAACUCUUGCCUGCGGGGCGCGCAUCCGGGGCCGACAGCGAACCA